AUGACGGCCCCUACUUCUUCCGAUGACCGCAGGAAACUCCUAUGGGCGCGCGUAUACCAAGACCUUGUCCAACACGCCGUACCCGACGCGCGAUUCAACUAUGACUUCAUGUCCUUCACCCCCGACUUCCGAGGCUCGAGUUCUGCUAUCGAUCGCUUAGUGGCACUUUCGUGUUACCAAUCCGCCAGUGUCAUCCUCGUUACGCCCGAUAACAGCCUCGAACAAUUGCGGUACAGAGCCCUGAAAGACGGGAAGAGGGUGUUGGUAGCUACAUAUAGGCUGCGUAGGGGUUUCGUACUAUUGCAUCCUGGGCGGAUCAGCGAGAGCAAGUACGAGAUGGCUGCGUGUCUCGAUGGUAUGGAGAAGCCGGGCAUAGGGAGAGCGGUGUCACUUUCGCAGAUGCGUGACGAGUGCCUCAAGGUAGACAUGUGCGCUAUCGGGGGUCUUGUCUUCAAUGCGCAGGGGGUGACAAUAUGGGAGGGUCAUAAUCUGUUCGAGGUGCAGUGGGCCAUGCUGCAGGACUUGAAAGUACUGCAGCCCAACGCUCCCGUUGUCGCUGUGGCACACACAUGCCAAGUCGUCGACGAGGCACAACUGGGCGUGGAAAAGGUAAUACCGACGAAGUCGGGAGAGGUACAAAGCGACUUUGUCGUUACACCAGAUGCACUUCACGAGAUAGUUGGUGCAGUCAAGCCCACUGGCGGUGUGGACUUUGAUACUGUAGACCCAGAAGGUGUACAGAAUAUCCCGCCUCUACAAGAGCUAAGAGGCAUCCGCAUGAUGGAGCAGAUAAUGCAAAGAGAAGGCUUCACAUCUGACAAGGAAGAGAAGCCAAAAGAAGCACCUUCUGCAGACGAGCAAGUGGGCAUCAGCAUAGUAGAAAAGCUGAUGCAAGGUUACCGAGCGUGA